AUGCCGCGUAAAACAGUCAAAAAGACGGGUGCGUCUGCGCCUAGGAGCUCUUCUAAGCGCGCCGCCCCGGAAACACCACAGAGACAGUCGAAAAGAGCGCGGGCGAACGCGAGGAAAUCUUACGUGGAGCCAGAAACCGACACGGAUGAAGCAGGAGAUGGUAUGAAGAAAAAAGAGCCUUCAUCUGAUGAUGAAGGAGAUGCCGCGGCCUCCGACUACGAGGAAGACGGUGGCAAGGCGCCGUCGUCAGAGUCUGAGCCCGAUGAAACUGCUAGCGAAGAAGAUGGCGCGAGCAAGCGAACCCCCCGAGGGCGCCCUGCCAAGAAGCUUCCUAUCCACAAGAAAAAGGCGGAUGAGAGCGAACUCUGGAAACCAGGAGCCAAACUCGAGCCCGGAACGCGACUGAUUAUCAAGAAGCCCAAAGCGCGAGAUGCAGGUGACACGCCGUACCAGGACCACACUAUCCACCCAAACACGAUGCUAUUCUUGCAAGACCUGGCUGCCAACAACGAUCGAAAGUGGCUGAAGUUACACGACCCAGACUUUCGUGCGGCAUUCCAGGACUUUACCACGUUUGUCGAAAAGGUGUCUGAGAAAGUCAUUGAAGCAGACGAGACGAUUCCAGAACUGCCAGUCAAAGACGUGAUCUAUCGUAUAUACAGAGACAUUCGUUUCUCAAAGGACCCGACACCGUACAAGACUUACUUUUCGGCGGCAUGGUCCAGGACGGGGCGCAAGGGCCCGUAUGCGCACUACUACGUGCAAGUGCAACCGAACGGUGGAAGCUUUGUAGGUGGUGGAUACUGGCAGCCCGACGCGGCGGCGCUAGCCAAACUCCGGCGUGAUAUCGACCGCAAACCACACAAGCUCAAAGCGGUUCUCAGGUCUCGCGCCAUACGAGACUCGUUCCUCGCCGGUGUCAAGGACGACGACAACAAGGCUGUCAAGGCUUUUACCAGCUUGCCCAUGAACAAGUCGACGGCGCUCAAGCGCAACCCCAAAGGCUACGAUCACAAUCACCGAGACAUUGAACUCCUGCGGCUCCGCAGCUUGACGCUGGGGCGUAAGGUUGAGGACGACGAGAUUGUCGGGCCAGGCGGGCUGGGUCGAGUAGCUGAGCUCGUACUCGCCAUGUCGCCUUUUAUCAGCUAUCUCAACGGCGUGGUGAUGCCAGACGACGACACGUCAGGCUCGAGCGACGAGGAUGCGGAGGGGGACGGGGAGGCGGAGUCGGACGGGGCGGCGGGCGGCGAUGGCGAGAGCAAUGGCGACGGCGAUGGCGAUGGCGGCGAUGCAGCAGAUGACGAGGCUUGA